UGCCCAGGCUGAAAGUCUGAAUCUGAGGGAGGAAGAAAGCUGGUGAAGGUUCAUUCUUGUUUUUCCUGUCACAAGUAAAAACUUGUACAAAAAAGGACGUCUUUUUUCAGUGAUCGGUGUUUGUUUUGUCACUCAAAUACUUUUUCGAUUUUUAUGGACCUGAAAAUUUUUUCUUGAACCUUUGUGAGCGGACCGCCACCAGAUUUUCACUUCAUUCAUAGUCGCGAUAGUUCAGAAAUAAACUUCUGUAUGGAACUGUUUUUCCUAUUCAGCAUGGGAUUUGGGAAGGAACUACUUCUGCUUGGGUUAGCAUGUGCACUGGGAAAUUGUGUCCUGAGGUGUGAAAAUGGCUUUAGCUACAACAGAACUACCAAAAACUGCACUGAUGUUAAUGAGUGUUCAGAAAAUCCAUUGUUCUGUGGGAAUCAUUCAAGAUGCUUUAAUACAUUUGGCAGCUACUACUGUCAGUGCCAACCCGGAUUCAGUUUGGCACGGACAAAGGAGGUUAACUUCACAGCAACAACGGGAAGUUGCCAUGAUAUUAAUGAGUGCACAGACAGUGAAAAUAAAGAAGAGCUCUGUGGACCCAAUGGAGAGUGUAAUAAUAUUAUUGGGAGUUAUUGGUGCAACUGCUCAAAUGGAUACACCAAUUACAGCGUGGAAAGGACACCAUGCUCAAAACUCGAUUGUGAUAACUUCCGUGCUGAGAAAAAGCCAACACAGUUGCUCGGGGGCCUGGCAAACAUCAUGUCCAUGAUGAGAAACAGCUGUUUGGCUCUGUCUGGAACUGGCAGCAAAGUAAAGCUUGAUGGAGAUGCGCUACUGGAGAAACUUUUCACAGAGACUGAUGCGAUGCUGUCUCCUGGAACCCCGAACAUCGAUGCAAGUGUGAGCGGGCUGCUCACUGCUGUGGAGAAAUCGAUUUUAUUCAUUGGGCCUCAGCUAAAAGACAACCACACUAAGAUGGAGAACAACAAGAUAGAUGCACAGAUUGCUGUUCAAAGAGGAACGACUCGACCAACUGGAGAUAUUCGUCUGUCCAGUGAAUAUGCUUAUCUGGACACAGACUGGGCAACAGCAGCCGGGACAAGAAAAUAUCCUGGUUUUGCUGUGGCUGCAUUGUUGAGCUACAAAAACCUUGAAAGCUCUGUGAACAGGUCUUUCGAGAUGGUCAAAGGAGCUAAAGAAAAUGGAGCAGACCCCUCCUACCAGGUCUUCUCUAAAGUUGUGUCUGUGGUGGUCUCAAAUCCGUCGACUCAGAAACUGAGCCGCUCUGUCAACAUCACCUUCAGGCAUCUUGAGGACAUAGAGGAAUCGGUUAACGUGAGUUACAUCUGUGCAUAUUGGACCGAGACAGGGGCCUGGUCCACAGAUGGUUGUUCUAAGCAGGACUCCAAUGCCUCACGCACCAUAUGUACAUGUAACCAUCUGAGCAGCUUUGCUGUUCUCAUGGCUCUUCACCCCAUCGAGCACACCUAUGGGCUCGAGCUGGUGACUAAAAUAGGACUGACCAUCUCCCUGUUGUGUCUCACACUCUGCAUCCUGACUUUCAAGUUCUGCCGUUCCAUACAGGGAACCCGCACCACCAUCCACCUGCACCUCUGCAUCUGUCUCUUUAUAGCUGAUCUUAUCUUCCUGGCUGGCAUUUCUCAAACUAAACCCGUGGGUGGCUGCAGGUUUGUUGCAGCAAUGCUCCAUUUCUUCUUCCUGGCGGUAUUCACUUGGAUGCUGUUAGAAGGGGUGCAGCUGUACCGUAUGGUUGUUCUGGUGUUCAAUGCCACCAUGCGGCCCCUCUACCUAUAUGCUGUGGGCUACGGGACGCCUCUGUUUAUCGUCAUUAUAUCCGCCUGCGUUAGACCAAACGGAUACGGCACUAAAAAAUACUGCUGGCUAUCCACGGAUGACGGCUUCGUCUGGAGCUUCUUCGGGCCUGUGUGCUUAGUCAUCUUUGUGAAUGUCUUCUUCUUUAUCAUCACCGUCUGGAAACUUGCCCAGAAGUUUGCCAGCCUCAACCCAGACCUCUCCAACCUGCACAAAAUUAAAGCUUUCACUGUGACAGCUAUAGCCCAGAUGUGUAUUCUGGGUCUGAUGUGGAUAUCUGGGGUCUUCUUGUUUCAAGAGGAUCCCCCUAUUGCGGUGUCGUACAUUUUCACCAUCUUCAACAGCCUGCAGGGCGCACUGGUCUUCAUCAUGCACUGUCUGCUGUCCAAACAGGUGAGAGAGGAAUAUGCCAAUUUCCUCUCCUGUAUCUGCACAUCACAGAAGAAGAGAUACUCAGACCUAAGCACCACAAAUCCCUCCAGCAGUCAAUCACAAGGUUCAAAGAGUGGGCAGCAAACAGGAGAAUCACAAAUAUGAAGAGCUCAAGCUAAAGCUGUCCUCCAAAGACUUAAUGACUAUCACACAUUCAGCCUAUUUUGUCACCUACAGCAAUUCUUCAUUUAAACUUGAAGUCUAAAAGCAGUGACUCACUAAAUGAUUACACAAUGCUGGGGGCUGUUGGCAGAUUCACCCACACUCGGUGACUUAGGAAAAAAAGAAAAAAAGUGGUUCCUGGAUAUUUGCAUUCAAACUAUAGUUCCUAGUUUUAUCCAAGUCCUCUUAAAAUCCUUUAUUUCAAAAUAAAAUGUCAUUCUUAGGUACUGAUAGCAAGCAUUUAUAGCUUGUCUUUAAUGCGUCACAUCAUAGAACAGUUAGAAAUGAAAUCGUGACCUCUUAAGCACAGGUUAUUCCUCGUAGGUAGGUAACGUAAUGUUAAUGGGACCAAAUUUCAGUUCAAUCCAGUAGCAUCGUCUGCUACUCACAAGGUCGCAAGGUCCGAUUUACCUCCUGAAUUAGGUCAUUUUCCUCAUUGUUUGUGUGCUGUAGCACUCUUUGUAGUUCAAGGCGUACUGGUAAUGACAGAUUUUUAUCGCUGAGUUUAAAAAAAAAAUGUCAUUAAAGUCACAGGCAAGAAGAAGCCGGCUAUUAAAAGUGUUUAUUCAGGAGUGUGAAAGUGCAGCUGCUCGAGUGGCUUUUUGGUUCAUGCAGAACAUAUCACAGUAAUAAUAUAAGCUGUAUUCCUUUCAAAGUCAUAAAAAAUGAUAUAAUUAUGUUAGUAUUUAUUUUCAGUGCAGACAAUAAAGUCUAUGUUAUGUAGGCUACAAGAAAAAAACGAGCAUGCAAACUGUUCUGUUUUACAUAUUUGUAUUUUUGUUUUUGCAUAAAUGGCUGUUUGUAUAUAAGAUUGGGAAUGUUUUUUGUUACUGUUGGAUAAUAUUUGUUUUCAUGUACUCUAUUUAACAGUAGGCUGCAACGGAAACAGCUGACCAAUGAUGCAAAUUACCCAUGAAGUGUCCCUGAGUUUCCCCUUGUUCCCAUGUGGAUUCUUGCAAGGAGUUUAUGUCUGCUUCUUUGAUUAUGAACAAAACAAGUGGUUUUUUAAAAAACCACUACUUGUGGCUAUUUUCAAAGACUCGCCUUGAUUAACAGCUGCGCUGUGCCUUUUUUUCCCCACCCCAAGUGCAUAUUUCAAGGGUUUUCUUUUUAUUCUUGAAAUUGUGAACUUGAAAUUCUAAAUCUGUCCCAAAAUGAGUGGGCAAUUCACAAAAACAGACCCACCCUACUGAUAAGCCUGCAACUUCCUGCAUGCAAAGUGUGUUUAAGCCUGUGAGCUGUCACAAUGUGCCUUUACACAUCUUAGUUACUGUAAAACUUAAGCGAUGUACAGACCUGAAUUUAUUUUGUUGCACUUUUCCAUGACGAUAAAUAUCAUGAUCCUGCACCUCUUUACUCACAUAGUGCACCAGCCUCAUUUACAGAUCCUGAACAGUAAAAAUAAACUUUUUAAUAUAUUUCCAGUUACAGAAAAAACAAAAAGUGACAAAGAUGUUAAUAUAAGGAAACAUUUCGAUUGUUUUUAUUGUCUUAAUCCUUACUGCGAAAUAUAUUAAAGUCACCUCGUUGUUGGUUUUAACAUCUACCCUGUUCUUCGGUUGGUAAGUGUGAUUGCACUUUUAUGGCCAUCAAACCUUUUUUUCAUACAAUGCUAUGGAUAUCAAUGUGAAAAUAGCUACAUGCUUUUUUUGUUGUAUUGUGAAUGUAAGUUAUAUGAACUUAUUUUUUUACUUUGUUUAUAUUUGGUACUGUUUUCUUUGAAGAAUGUGCACCAUAAGAUUUA